AUGUUCGCAGUUGGGUUCCUAGGGGUCGUUAUAUCAAUUAGUCGAACCACAUAUAUCGUCACCGCUCACUACACCCCAAUCGUCAGUAUUGUUAACGCCUGGGGUACCUUAGAACAAACAGUUGGCGUCGUGGUCUGCUGUCUGCCGACGUUUAAAGCGCUAGUGCGAAGACGGUGGAGUAAAUUCAGCGCGAACAGGAGUAAAAGCACAAGAGCGGAGGUGCUUGGAACUAGGUCCUCGGCACAAAAUUCGACUUUUUAUAAAGAAUAUAUGAAGGAUGGUAGUCCGAGAAAGGGUUCAGACUUUGGAUCAUCGAGCUUUGCGAGUUCUAGCACAGCCGCUGCACAGUAUAUGGGGGCCGGAGGGAGGAGAGGUUCGGUAAAAGAUAGGGAGAGUGCUAUUUUGAGAGUGGAUAGCUUUGAGAGGAUGGAGGCUAUCGUUGAGGCUGAGGCUGCGAGAGGAAGAUCCUCUGGACCCCUCACAGUUGAAGAAGUUUAA